AUGUCACAAACUCCGGAUCCAAAUCCUUAUUUGAUUGCUCGACCGAUUGAUGAAGCUGUGAUUUGUCGUAUUGAAUCACAGACCGAGGUGGCAAGCAGUGCUGCCUUCCAGUCUGUGGACGAUCAGUACUACGCCGGAAAGCUGACAAGCACUGAAGUAGCUGUCUACAAGGCUCGUUACAUGAAGCUGCAUGAAGCUUUACGCAGAACCAGAGAAAAUGAAUUUUUCCUCAUUCAAUUAUCUAAGCGCUAUAUGGGUGAAAUUGACGAACAGGAGCAACAGCUGGCUCGUGCAGAUCAAUUCCCGGAUAAUACCAUCACUGAACCAUCACAAAUGCGCGCACAAAUCCUGGGCUACUACAACAGUGCCAUGGAAACCGACGAACGGGUAGAAAUGUUGGCAUAUGAAGCUGGACUAUUAAGAGAAGAACGGAAGUUGCUCAACCGCGAUUAUUCAAAAUUACCAACCGCUGAAGAAAUGGAGCGACGUCUGAAAUUGGUUCAGACCCAAUGUCAAGACUUGUGGCUCGAUAUUGACAUGCUCAAAAUGGAGGCAAAACGUUCACGGGAGCAAUAUCGCCAGGCUGUGGAUGCGGAACAGGAGGCGCAACAUGAGGUUAACGAUAUGAACACUAAAUUGAGCGAUAUAAAAGCCGAAUGGGUUGUGGCAUGUGACUUGCCGGGGCAAUACUCGAAAGAAGCGGAGAAGGCACGCAAAUAUAAAUCAGAUCUUGCAGCACUUCGACUGGAGAACACGGAUAAGAAGGAACUACUGGAGAAAACUAUACGAAAUCACGACACUUGGUAUGAGAUGGAAAUGAUGAAUCGAACUGAAAAGGCUCGGUAUUUACAACGUAUUCAUUUAUCCGAACAAACAAAACGAGACCUCGGGGAGGAGAUUACAAAACUGACAAAAGAGCGUGACGCAUUUGUUCGACACUGGAAAAAGUCGAUGGUACAGAUUGAGUUUCUAAACGAUUCCGUUCGGAUUGCCCAACAAUUGUACGACAAAACCCGGGCCCGUUAUGUCGUGACUCCGAAGUAUGACGGUGAAAUGGCCGCACGUAAAAGACGUCUGGCCCGAUCGAUCCAAAACCUACAGCAAGACUUAGAUGACGAAAAAAAAAGAACAGUCACUGAAAUAGCCCAUGUAGGACGAACAGUGAGUAUGACCGAACGACGCUUGGUCAUAUUGGAACACUUGCGUGCAGAAAACUGGGAGCUAAUUCGUCUCACGACCAGUUUGACGGAAGGACUGGCUAGAGCUAUUGGUGAGUUCACAGCGGCACGCACAAAAUGUGAUCAUUUGCUGGAAGAGUUGGGAGACCGGAAUGCGGAAGUGGAAGAACAACAAAGGGUUCUGGAUGAAUUGUCCAGUCGUUUAGCCGAUGUGUCUGCCCUGUACACAAAAAUGAAAUUAGAACGAAACAAGUGUGUCAGUCUUUUGCAAACCUCAAUCAAAUUGGCCCUUGACACUCGGGAACGCUUGCGUAUUCACGCUAACGAAGCCGAAAUUAUUAUUUACAAAUUGCAACAUCAUGAUCAAGAAUUGAUUCGCGAACGAACCCUGUACGGCAAUGCCAUCGUACAGCGGGAUCACAAACGUGCCGAAAUGUGUAAAAUGCUCCAUAUUCAUAGCGAACAACUUUCCAGGCGGGAACAAAUGCGCCGCUCCAUUCAUCGAAUCAAUCUUAUGUUCAAUCAGACCGAGGCGGAGACUUUGAGUUUGAAAAAGUCCAAAGAACGAUGUGCCCAGAUGCGCAACGAACGAGCCAUUCUGUUGAUUGAAAGGAAUCAAGAAGUGUACAUAUUGCAGGUCAGUUUCAUUGAGUUCCACGAUUACAAAACAGGUAACUAA